AUGAAUUGCUGCUGCUGCUGCUGUUGUAGGCAAAGUAAGCUGGCCUCAGAUUCCCCCGAAUCUCCAUCAGCCUGUUCAAAAGACUUCCAUCCAUUCGUCACAUUGUGGAAUAUCUCAUCCGGGGCCUAUCCGAACCAAGUCCUCCCCGCUUGCAGGGCUGCAGUUCUCAGUUCUCGCUUCUUCGGCGAUUCCACGACGCUGACACAUGAACGGAGCGGACUUGUGAGUAUUGGGGGGCAGUCUGAUGAUUUGUAUAGAGUAUACGCACAAAAGACCCCUGAUCUCGUCAUCCCGCGGUGUGGGAAUAAGAGGAUGGAAGUGUGUAGGUGA